AUGUUUCGAACAAUCGGGCUCGCCAAGCCUUCGAAUAUCCUUUCACGCAUCACAUCAGUACCAUGUUUAUUUAACAGGACAGCGUAUCAAUCUAAAAGUUCUAUAAGAAGCGCUCAUAACUUUUCACCGCCAAAUCCUAACCCGUGGCGGUUCUCACCCGGCGGCCAUCCCGUUCAAUCUAACGGUACUGCGAUCACGAUAUGGACCUUGGCAGCAGUGGGCACGAUAUACACCACGGCUGCCGUAAUCGAGAAUGUGAAUCUCGAGAAAGAGACUCCCAAGGUCAUAUCAGUGUUCACCCGGAAUCAAGAAAACACGUACGAUGUGAGACGCAAAGUCCACGAAAUGAAAUACCCCCCGGGAGUAUUAUAUUCACCGACCAGAUGGCCUACAGUCAACCAACUUGGUAGCCUCGACGGACGCCUCGAGUUCUGGCGGAAAUUAUUGCCCUCCGAACAGGUUACUUAUGCACUUAUGUCGAUGAAUGCAGCAGUGCAUGCUUUAGGUACCCUCGCACCAGCAUUCUGGAGCAAUGUCUUCAUGCACACACCUGGCUCGAACAAGAAUUUCACAUUGCUCACAUGUGUAUUUGGCCAUGGCUCUUUCAUUCAUCUAGGCUUCAAUAUGUACGGGCUACAUUCAUUCAUGCCAACCCUAGGACAAGACCCCACGUUCAAUUCGAGUAUUGCUCAUAUCACGGCUUUUUAUCUCUCGACCGGUGUCAUCAGCAGUUGGGUGCAAGCUAUCAGUGCGGGGCUUCGGCCUAAUUCUUAUCCUAUACCAUUUUUGGGAGCCAGCGGUGCGCUGUUUGCGCUGGUGGGUGCGUUUGCUUUACAGCACCCUGACGCGAAAUUCCAAAUCAUGUUCAUCCCGUAUAGUUUUGCGGCGCAAGAGUUGUUGGGUGCGAUGAUGCUGUUUGAUCUCCUGGGCGUCUUUGGUGCAUUCAAAAGUAUCAGAUUAGGGCACGCGGCGCAUUUAAGUGGUGCGAUUUUGGGCUCGGGAUAUGUGUAUUUUGGUGGUGAGAAGAGGAUCUGGCAACCCCUUUGUCGAGGCGUUUAUAAAAGGUUUGGGAUGAGUAAGUGGGAGAAGAAGGUUUAG